UCUUCUGUUGGCUCUGGUGAAUGGCGGGGUCUUUAAGCCCUCCCUUCAGCCCCGCGGCACGCUGUUGCGGUACCCUCUUGUGUCCGCCAGAGGGCGCUCUGGUUCCGGUCUGCUGAUACGCCAUUCGAUUGUGGAAAAUACCACCAGAUGGCGGCUUAGGAUUGCUGCUCUACCGAAAGGCGCGGUUCCGCUCGCGGUCCAAUUUCCAAUUAAAAACCUUUGCCGUUUUAAAAAAUAUUUUCUAAUUUUUCAACCGGAGAGAGUUAAACGCUACAGUAAUGGACGGGAAAGGUUAUUGUGGGAUAUGCCUAUCUUGAAGACGUUGGUGUGCACAAGACAGUUUCUUUUUAGAUUCUUACAAGAAGUUAAUAAAGAUAAUACAUAAUUAAGCACUUGAGAAGACGUUCUUAAAAGACAUUUUUAAAAGUUUUUGAAGUGAAAAGCUGCUAAGAAAAAAAUGAUUACUUCAGAGCUACCGGUUUUACAGGACUCGACAAAUGAGUCGGGGCAGGCGGAGGCGGUUGCCGUCAGCGUCAGUGUGAGUGAGCUGGAGGACACCAGCGAGGUCAAGGGCAAGAGGAAGAGAGGGCGCCCUGGAAGGCCUCCGUCUGCCAACAAAAAGCCUCGGAAGUCACCUGCUGAAAAGAGCCAGCUGGCAGGUUCCAGAGGAGGGAGAAAAGCCAACGGUGUCCCCCAGCAGAACGGGGAUGGAGAGCCUGUCACCCUGUUUGAGGUGGUGAAGAUGGGCAAGAGUGCCAUGCAGGCUGUAGUUGAUGACUGGAUUGAGUCCUACAAGCAGGACCGAGAUAUAGCACUUCUGGAUCUGAUCAAUUUCUUUAUCCAGUGCUCUGGGUGUAAAGGCACUGUAAGAAUUGAGAUGUUCCGAAACAUGCAGAAUGCAGAGAUUAUCAGAAAAAUGACAGAAGAAUUUGAUGAGGACAGUGGUGAUUACCCACUUACUAUGCCAGGUCCUCAGUGGAAGAAAUUCAGAUCAAACUUUUGUGAAUUUAUUGGGGUGCUAAUUCGACAGUGUCAGUACAGUAUCAUUUAUGACGAGUAUAUGAUGGACACUGUUAUUUCCCUACUUACUGGGCUUUCGGACUCCCAGGUCAGAGCCUUUAGGCAUACCAGUACUCUGGCAGCUAUGAAGCUUAUGACUGCCCUUGUCAACGUGGCCUUGAAUCUGAGUAUCCACCAGGAUAACACACAGAGGCAAUACGAGGCAGAGAGAAACAAAAUUGUAGGAAAGCGAGCAAAUGAGAAAUUGGAGUUGCUUUUAGAAAAGCGUAAAGAGCUUCAAGAAAAUCAGGAUGAGAUUGAAAAUAUGAUGAACUCUAUUUUCAAGGGUAUUUUUGUUCACCGAUAUAGGGAUGCAAUUGCUGAAAUCAGAGCUAUUUGUAUAGAGGAAAUUGGUGUUUGGAUGAAGAUGUACAGUGAUGCCUUCCUUAAUGAUAGUUAUCUCAAAUAUGUUGGUUGGACUCUGCAUGACCGGCAAGGUGAAGUCAGGUUGAAGUGUUUGAAAGCUCUGCAAAAUCUCUACACCAACAGGGAACUCUUUCCAAAACUAGAACUUUUCACAAACAGGUUUAAGGAUCGAAUUGUGUCCAUGACCCUUGAUAAAGAGUAUGAUGUAGCUGUAGAAGCCAUUCGAUUGGUGACUUUAGUAUUACAAGGGAGUGAGGAUGCCCUCUCCAAUGAAGACUGUGAGAAUGUGUACCAUCUGGUGUACUCGGCCCAUCGCCCUGUGGCAGUAGCAGCAGGAGAGUUCCUGCAUAGGAAGUUGUUCAGCCGUCAUGACCCCCAAGCAGAGGAGGCCUUGGCCAAGAGAAGAGGGAGAAAUAGCCCUAAUGGAAAUCUCAUUAGAAUGCUUGUACUGUUCUUCUUAGAAAGCGAGCUACACGAACAUGCAGCCUAUUUGGUGGAUAGCUUAUGGGAAAGCUCACAGGAACUGCUAAAGGACUGGGAGUGCAUGACUGAAUUACUGGUGGAGGAGGCUGUUCAAGGAGAGGAAGUAUUGUCAGACAGACAAGAAACUGCACUGAUAGAGCUAAUGAUGUGCACCAUUCGACAAGCAGCAGAGGCUCACCCUCCAGUUGGCAGAGGAACUGGAAAGAGAGUACUGACUGCCAAAGAAAGGAAAAUGCAGAUUGAUGACAAAAAUAAGCUAACGGAACACUUCAUUAUGGCACUUCCAAUGUUGCUUUCCAAGUAUCAAGCUGACUCUGAGAAGGUGGCAAACUUAUUACAAAUCCCUCAAUAUUUUGACCUAGACAUCUAUAGUGCAGGGAGGAUGGAGAAGCACCUAGAUGCCCUGCUAAAACAGAUCAAGUUUGUGGUGGAAAAGCAAACAGAGACAGAUGUGUUGGAAGCCUGCAGUAAAACGUAUAGCAUUCUGUGCAGUGAGGAAUACACCAUCAUGAACAGAGUGGACAUUGCCCGCAGUCAGCUCAUAGACGAGCUUGUGGACAGGUUCAAUCAUUCAGUGGAGGAACUGCUGCAAGAGGGUGAAGAAGCAGAUGAUGAUGACAUUUAUAAUGUACUUUCAACUUUGAAGCGACUAACAGCAUUCCAUAAUGCACAUGAUCUUACCAAGUGGGAUAUGUUUGGAAAUUGCUACAGGUUGUUGAAGGCUGGUAUCGAACAAGGAUCAAUGCCAGAGCAAAUUGCAGUACAGGCCCUGCAGUGUUCUCACUACUCUAUUCUCUGGCAGCUGGUCACAAUUACAGAAGGAUCCCCAUCCAAGGAUGAUCUAAUUGCACUAAGAAAAGUUGUCAAGUCUUUCCUUGCUGUUUGCCAGCAAUGUUUAUCGAAUGUCAACACUCCAGUUAAAGAACAGGCCUUUAUGCUCCUCUGUGAUCUUCUGAUGAUCUUCAGCCACCAGUUGACGUCAGGAAGCAGGGAGGGGCUGCAGCCGCUAGUGUUCAAUCCAGAUAUUCCGCUUCAGAAUGAACUCCUCAGCUUUGUGAUGGAUCAUGUCUUCAUAGAUCAAGAUGACGAGAACCAAAGCAUGGAGGGGGAUGAAGAAGAUGAAGCUAAUAAGAUAGAAGCCCUACACAAGAGGAGAAACCUAUUGGCAGCAUUCAGCAAACUCAUUAUCUACGAUAUUGUUGACAUGCAUGCUGCUGCUGACAUCUUCAAACACUAUAUGAAGUACUACAAUGAUUAUGGAGAUAUCAUUAAGGAAACGCUAAGUAAAACAAGGCAAACGGACAAGAUCCAGUGUGCCAAAACUCUCAUUCUCAGCUUGCAACAGCUCUUUAAUGAGCUUAUUCAGGAACAAGGACCUAAUCUGGACAGAACCUCCUCUCAUGUCAGUGGAAUUAAGGAGCUGGCUCGCAGAUUUGCGCUUACUUUUGGUCUGGAUCAGAUCAAAACGAGAGAGGCUGUUGCAACUCUGCACAAGGAUGGUAUAGAGUUUGCCUUCAAAUAUCAAAACCCGAAAGGACCAGAAUUUCCUCCGCCGAAUCUUGCUUUCCUUGAAGUUCUUAGUGAGUUCUCUUCCAAACUCCUUCGUCAAGACAAGAAAACAGUACACUCUUAUCUGGAGAAGUUCAUGUCGGAGCAGAUGAUGGAGCGGCGGGAGGACGUUUGGCUGCCCCUCAUCUCCUACAGGAACUCUCUUCUUACUGGUGGCGAUGAGGACAGGUUAUCUGUCACCAGCGGAAGCAGCAGCAGCAAAUCCACGUCGGUACGGAGUAAAAAAGGACGACCUCCACUUCACAAGAAACGGAUAGAGGAGGACAGUGUGGAAAGCUCCUGGAUAAUGAGAGACACUCUCCAGACCCCUGGAGCCCUGCAGACACCACAGCUCACCUCCACAGUUCUCCGGGAAAAUCCCCGGCAAGCAGCUGAACAUAUACCAGACCAAGACUCUGAGCCAGGCUCUGAAACAGACUAUGUACACAAUCAGCAAAUGCAGAUGUCCUGGUUAGGUCAGCAGAAGCUGGAGGAUGUAAACCGGAAAGACAGAACUGGCAUGAAUUACAUGAAAGCAAGAAGUGGUGGUGUCAGGCAAACUGUUCGAGGCCUCAUGGAGGAUGAUGCAGAGCCGAUCUUCGAAGAUGUGAUGAUGUCAUCACGUGGCCAGCUGGAGGACAUGAAUGAAGAGUUUGAAGACACCAUGGUCAUUGAUCUGCCUCCUUCAAGGAACAGACGGGAGAGGGCUGAAUUAAGACCAGAUUUCUUUGACUCUGCAGCUAUCAUAGAAGAUGAUUCAGGUUUUGGGAUGCCCAUGUUCUGAAACGAAAGUUACAAGACAAAGAGCUGAAAUGUGUGUGGAGCAAGGGGCCUUUAUACUGUGAUUGCUUGUUUAUAUAACAUUCUAGAAUUGAUCUACUUUAUUUUGACAAAAAAAAAAAAAGAAAAGCUGAAAAAAAGUCAAACCAGAAGACCAUGCAAGAACUAUCAAAAGAAUUGUCACCCUUGUAAUGUACAGCAGUUGUACUUCCCGAGGAAGAAUGGCUUUCUUAAAUUGUCAACAAAUGCAGGUGAUACUGGUGCUGGAGUGAUUUUUGGGGGGUAACCACAAAACACAUUGCAGAAGUUUUUAAAAUAAUAAAUAUAUAAUAAAUACAUACUGUACUUUUAAACAAACAAAAAAACAUACAUUUUGUUUGCUAAUGUUUUUAAACACAUGACUGUCAAGUUAGAUAGCAAUGCUGCAAUACUAGAUUAGAAACGAGACGUGUUUUUAAAAUCGCACUGGAUUUGGUUAGCAUUGUGGUACGCUUUAAUUAUCCUGGAGUUAGAAACAAUCUCCUUGUUUCUCCAUGGUUUUUACAAAUGUAAAUGUUUGGUAAUUGUUAAUGACAACAUCAUUGGGUCACUAUCAUUCUAUGGUCUUUCAGAUUAUUCAGUCAGUUUUGUUUUCAUGUUGCCUUAUUUUUGUAUGCAUAUACAGGUUUAUAAAUAUAUAUUUUAGGACUGUCCAUUAUUUAUCCAAAAACACUGGGUUCAGUAAGUUUGUGGAGUAAAAUGAUGGUUCAUUCAUGGGAAGACUUAAAGAAUAAAAUGUAAUUUGCUUAAUUACCACACUAAUAUGUGUCUUAACUCAGUAAUAUAAAUUGGUCUGGCAAGUGAUUGGUGUCCACAGGAUUGAUUUUUAAGUAGUUUUCUUUAAGGGGAACACUGCAAUUGAUCUUACACACACACACAUUCUCAAUUUAGAAACUAUCUUCUAGUAAAUGUUUAUUAUCUAGAUUGUAUCUGAAAACAACCUACUUAUCUUGGCUACAACUUAUUAUGAUACACUUCCGUAGAGUCUGAAGGCUCAAGUUUUAAAAUCAGCACGAUUGUUUUAUAACAAGAAGUAUAAAAGGAUAUAUAUGAAAAGUUUAAUAUGUACAGAUAAUAAAACGGUAGCUCUUAAAAGUAUUUUCCAGAAAAACCACACUGAUAAUUUACCCAGGGUUUUUAAACAAUCAACAUAAAUAAAAUAUUUUUAAUUUAGUAGUUUUAGUAUGAAGUUUUGAAGCAAGUGAAAUUUGUCAAAUGUUUGUACAGUUCUAUUUGAACAGAUCUGUUGCCAAAUAGUGGAUGGCAUGGUAACCCAACCACCAGGGGGCAGAGUGACUCCAACGGCAAGGCUGCUACAGCAGGUAAAUUAGUGUACAUACAAAAGAUCUAGUCGGAGAGAGAGAGUGGUUGGUUUAACAUAUCCUCAUUGUAGUCCUGUAAGCAUAGACACAUUAUAGAUGCUGCAUGGUUUGAGUCCCAAUGACAACAAACCUUGUCCUUCAGUCAUCUAUAUCAAAAUGUAUAAUUUAAGGUUUCGUAUCUAGGUACUUACUUCCAUGGUGGAUUUCAAAAUCAGUUCAAAGUCAAUAGGUUUUAUAUUUUGUGUGUCUGGUUUUGCUAGUAACCCUGUAAAUUGUACAUUUUCAAUAUUAAAAAACAAACAAAAAAAAAAAAAAAAAACUUUUUGUACAAUUUAAAAGCUGAUGCUUCACCUUUUACUUUAAUAAACUGUUCUAAAACUGUGUGUGUUUUUAGAAUGAGGUUUCUAGUGGGUUUCUGCAGUAGUUAAAUACAUUGAUUCAUCUGGUUCCAAGGUAAGGAGCCUAUCUAUUUGUACUGUUUUAAAAAACAAAAAAGUCAUUGAUUGGAUCUUCUCUAAUUGGAUCUGAUUUGAUUACUUUCUGAAUAUUUUGCUCCUACUGUUUAAAUUACUGAAGAGAAAUUAAAUGUUUGAUUUAUUGGCUUGUCUUUGAUCAGUCACAAUAGAUUCCUAAUUUUGUUAAGCCCGCCGCACACAGCCCGACUCAAGCCGUCCCGACUCAUCUCAUCUCAACUGGCCGUAUAGAGUUUGGAUGAAUCGUAUCAGUGUGCGUGCCCUUAAAACCAAGAUUAUGCAGAUUUCAGUCGGGAUGGUUUCAGAUUUGAAGAUUGAACAUGUUGAAUCUUUUUCAGAUGCAGUUUCGUUCAGAUGUGAUCAGUCUGUCUGUGCAGCGGUUGCCGACCAAGACUGAUUGAGACCGAUUAGUCAUAAGGGUGUCAACCAAUGGUGAAGCAGGUUUAUGUGACGUAGCUUGUCACAAGAUGGCGGAAUAUUGACAGCUUUAGUUCCACAGGUAAAAAUACAUUACUCUUGAAUUGCUCCGAGUGUCCUGAAUUAAAAAAUAUCAGAUAUGUGCCCAUAGGAGGCUGUGUGGUCCUGUGGUUAAAGAAAAGGGCAUGUAACCAGGAGGUCCCCGGUUCAAAUCCCACCUCAGCCACUGACUCAUUGUGUGACCUUGAGCAAGUCACUUAACCUCCUUGUGCUCCGUCUUUCGGGUGAGACGUAAUUGUAAGUGACUCUGCAGCUGAUGCAUAGUUCACACACCCUAGUCUCUGUAAGUCGCCUUGGGUAAAGGCAUCUGCUAAAUAAACAAAUAAUUUAAAUAAGUUUUUUUAGGCGUUUGAUAAUAAAAAGGUAAAUUGAUAAUUUACCAACUAGUAAUCUACUGGCAGCCUAUAUUUUCUUACUGCGCUAAAACAGAAGUAACCGGUGUGUCGCUCUCCAAUAGGUCACAAAUCACAAGCCCCUAGAUCCACACGCUGAGAAAAAAAACCCAGCCAAAGUCAAAUAAAAAAUCAACAGGUUGGAUUUUAUUGACUACAGGCUAAAGUGUAGUAGACAAGCUAUACAAAAAGUCAAACACUGCCUGAAACAUUUGCACAGUGUAAAUGGUCAAUUAAUUAAUAGGCUAAGCGCUUCUUUUGGUUGCCUCGCAGCGCUGUCUCCGCCGUCUAAUCAGCAUACGAUGCCAUGCAUAAUAUGAGGUUCGCUAUGUUGGGCUAAGUUAAUACAAAAAUGUGUACAGGGCAGUAUUAAUUAAAUCUGCAUAAAUAGUAAUCAUCAGGAUCUAGUUGUGGUCCGUCUAAUUCGGUCUUAGCAGUGUGCGACACCCAGUCAGGAAAAACUCAAUUGUGACAUCAAACCAAAACUGAGCACAACUGAUCGCAAAAUCUGUGCAUACUCAGAUGAGAUGAGUUGGGAUGGCUUGAGUCGGGCUGUGUGCAGCGGGCUUUAUUUUGCAUUAAACAUUUUAUUCUAACUUGGCCUUAUGAUAAACUUAACUCCAGAAUAACAGAUUGUAAAUCAUACUCAGGUGUUUGUGCUUCAUUUUCAUUGCAAGUUUUAGUUCAAUGUAACAGGAAGAAAUGAAACGCCAUAAUUUGUUUUUACCAAAAGUAGUGACCUAAAAAUGACUGAUUUGGGAGUUUAGCCAAUGUUAAUCAGAUUUGCAGUUUUGGUUUGUUUAAGUAUGCAACAUAAGGUUAAUAUGAAAACCAGUCCAUUCAACAAUUUGUACAAGAUUAUUAUUUUUUUUAAUCCUAUAAUUUCUGGAACAGCUUUUGCUACAGUAUGAACUCCUAAUACAAAUAAAACAUGAUAUGUAUUUA